AUGGCGGCGGCACUGUACGCCGACGGGAGCGGGGUAGACGCCGGCGAUGAGCUGCGCGAGUUCAGCGUCUCCUUCAACCGCCUAAACGGGUCCAUCCCCACCUCGCUCCGCUCCAGGCCGCGCGCGGCGUUCCUCGGGAUGCCGGCCCUCUACAACGGGCCCCUCGGCCCUUGCCCUGGCGAGGCCCCUCCUCCUUCUCCGGCUCCCACGGGGACGACGCCCUCGCCGACAACACCGGCGACGAACGUCCCCAAUGGCGGAAAUGACGAACAAACUGACAAGAAGGGGAACAAGCUCUCCGGCGGCGCCAUUGCCGGGAUCGACAUAGCCUCCGUCGUGGGCGCCGCGCUUCUCCUGUUCCUCCUCAUUUGCCUCUGCCGCAGGACGGGGCGCACCAAAACACGGGCUCUGGAGAUGCCGCCUCCGUCUCCGUCCCCCGCCGUCAUCCCUGGCGGCCGAAAACCUCCCGAGUUGCCCAACGGCUCGGCCGUGGCUCCUAUGGCCACUGUCGGCCACCCCGCGGGUCAAUCGACUUCAGGGAAGAAGCUGGUCUUCUUCGGGUCAGCGGCUGCCGUCCAACCCUUCGACCUCGAGGACCUGCUGCGCGCGGCCGAGGUCCUUGGCAAAGGUGCCAUCGGGACGACCUACAAGGUUGUGCUUGAAUCCAGCGCUACUGUGGCGGUGAAGGGGCUCAAGGAUGUCACCAUGACCGAACUGGAGUUCCGUGACCGCAUCGCUGACAUUGGCGAGCUCGAGCAUGAGUUCAUCGUGCCUCUCCGUGCUUACUAUUACAACAAAGAUGAGAAGCUGCUUGUGUACGACUUCAUGCCCAUGGGGAGCCUUUCUGCAGUCUUGCAUGAUAACACAGAAGAACAUUGGUAA